AUGAACUUCCGCGCUCUGUUCGCCGCCACCGUCGCCGCGCUCGUCGGCUCCACCUCGGCCACCACGUGCACCUCGUCGCAGCAGACCGCCGCGUACGUGGCUUUGGUGAGCAUCCUCUCGGACUCGUCCUUCAACCAGUGCGCGACGGGCUCGGGCUACUCGAUGCUCACGGCCACGGCGCUGCCCACGACGGCGCAGUACAAGCUCAUGUGCGCGUCCACGGCGUGCAACACCAUGAUCAAGAAGAUCGUGGCGCUCAACCCGCCCGACUGCGACCUGACCGUGCCCACGAGCGGCCUGGUGCUCAACGUCUACUCGUACGCCAACGGCUUCUCGUCCACGUGCGCGUCGCUGUAA